UUUCCACAGUUUUCUCUAAUUCAGAACCAAUGGCUUACGGUGUUCGUAGAGGAAUUUCGUUCGGACUUCUUCACGGAUUCCUAUGAACCUUCUAGAGAGUUGGAAAGUGAGCGAUAUGUUAACUCUGGCACAAGUCUAUGGUUAAAGUGCUCAGAUGGUCAAAAUCUAGGCGAGGCUGUACCGCUUCUGGAGGCUGUCAUGGAGGCGAUUCGUCUGCAGGAGACGUGGCCGAAUGCCGAUACUGUGGAAGCAUCUCAACGAGAUCGAUGGUCGCGUAUCUUCUAUGCUCUA